AUGGCCGAUUCUAACAAACCUCAUUUCUAUCUUCCCACCGUUCACGACAGCACAAGUGGCUGGGGACCUGCUACAAAUGUCAUCCCCGAGCAAUUCCGUGACAUCCCUUAUGCUCCUUAUAGUAAAGCUGAUAAGUUGGGACGUGUUGCUGAAUGGACUAACCCCGAUGGUCAAAAGCAAGAUAACAGAGAAGCCACUACUGGUCGUCAAGGCAGAGCUGGUUUUAACCGUUACAACAGAGAUCAAUAUCAAGCUUACGGUGCUUCUUUCGCCUCCGCUUUCGCCUACUUCCACAACGAAGAUGAAUCUUCUUUCUCCGUUGUCGAUAACAGAACUGCAGGUACCAAGAAGCAAGCCAUGAAGUCAGUCGCUGGUAAUGUUCGUGCUGGUCGACCUCAAACGAACAAAGGACAACGUCCCGCUGGUCGUUACCAACAGCAAGGUAGACGUAGAUAUGGUUACAAUGCGUAUGAGAAGCCUCAACGUGUUCGUAACGCCUCUAUUAACAUUGGUGCCGAUUGGAAGGUUUUGGACGAAAUUGAAUUCAACCGUUUGAGUAAAUUGAGCUUCAACAUUCCUGAAGCCAAGGAUUUGGAUUCAUAUGGUUUUGUGAACGUAUACAACAAGCAAUAUGAUCGUGUCAACACUAAGAAUGAAAAGAUGCUUACACAAAUCGACCGCAUCAAAUACGAUACUACUACAUCCGAAGAUCCCGUCAUUCAGCAAUACAUUUUGGACAAUAAGGCUACUGUUUUUGCCACAGAUGCCGUCCUUUCCCUCUUAAUGUGUGCUACUCGUACAGUUUAUCCUUGGGAUAUUGUCGUUAAGAAGAGAGCUGAUGGUAAAGUCAUCUUAGACAAACGUGCCGGCGGUGUCUUUGAUUUUGUUACUGUCAAUGAAAACUCCUACGAUCCUCCUGCCGAAAAUGAUAAAGAUCAAUUGAACUCCUGGUCCGCUCUUUGUAAUGAAGCUACAUAUAUUAAUCAAAACUUCUCUCGUCAAGUGCUUCAAAAGGAUACCAUCAAAUUUGAGCAUCCCAAUCCUUUUGCUUCCCCGGACACUGAAAGUGAAUUAGCUUCGUGCGGUUACCGUUACAGAGCUUAUAAUUUAAGCAAUGCUACUAGCAGCAGUGAUGAGGAAGUGCCCGAAGAUGAAAGAAUUAACUUGAUUGUUCGUACUGAAGUCGAUGCUGCUGUUAAGACCGCUAACGGUACCAACUAUGUCACUAUCCGUGCUUUGAACGAAUUUGAUCCCAACGCACAAGGUGCUGGCGGUGCUCUUCCUUGGAAGAAAAAUCUGGAUGCUGCCCGUGGUGCGGUGGUGGCCACUGAAAUGAGAAAUAAUGCCGCUAAAUUGGCGCGCUGGGCUGUGCAAGCCAUUUUGGCUGGUGCCGAACAACUUAAAUUGGGUUAUGUCGCUCGUUAUAAUUCUAAGGAAAACACUCGCCAUGUUAUUUUAGGUACUCAAGCUUAUAAGCCUCGUGAUUUCGCCACUCAAAUGAACUUGUCUCUGGCCAAUGGUUGGGGUAUUGUGAAGGCUGUUGUAGAUAUGUGUUUACAAUUACCUGAAGGUACUUACGUUAUGAUGAAGGAUCCUAACAGACCUUACCUUCGUGUCUAUGCCAUUCCUUCUGAAGAUGACUUAAAGGAUGAUUAUGAUGAAGAUGAUGAAGAAGGUGAAGACGAUGCUGAAGGUUCCAAACAAGCUUAA